AUGUCAGAAAAAGGAGGAAAAUCGAAGAGCGGCAAAGUUGGAGCCAAGGCCAAGACCCGAUCAAGCCGAGCUGGACUGCAGUUCUCUUAUGGAAGAAUCCACCGAUUCAUCCGCAAGGGCAACUACGCUGAGCGACUGGCUGGCAACGCUGCUAGAGACAACAAGAAGUCCAGGAUCAAACCCGGACACUUGCAGUUGGCCAUCAGGAACGACGAAGAGUUGAACAAGCUGUUCCUCGGAGUGACCAUUGCUCAGAGUGGUGUGCUGCCAAACAUCCAGGCAUCCUAG